UUGAUUUCAUAAUCGUCCGAUGACUUAGAUGUGUUGAAAACAGUGGACUCUGUACAAAGUUGAAUCAUUUUCAUGAUUGCUGAAGGACCACUCUAUUGUCAUAGUUAUUUAAUUACAACAAUAACUUAUAUUAUGAGCAAUUAAUUAUUUAAGGAAAUUGAAAUACGUUUAUUUGUUUAUUGAAUGGAUAAAUUCAUUGUUAACAUGGAUUUUUCAGUUUUAAUUUUUAUCUGUUUCCUGUUCGCAUCUCAAACUUUGGCUUUCUUGGAUAAACCUGACCCGGGCGUAUAUAACCCUCAAUGUGUGUGGUAUGGUGAGUGUGGACCCGGCUAUAACCAAGGUAAACUGAACUGUCCGGUAAAUAGCACAACAGCUGCACCACAGAAACUGAUAGAUGCCGAUGGAUUGCGGAUACUGAAAACUUACUGCCCAAACCUGUACCAUGGAGACAACAAUAGUUAUACUUGUUGUUCUGGCGAUCAGCUCCGUACAUUUGAAAGAAACCUCGCGCUACCUGAACAACUCCUUUCACCAUGUCCAGCAUGCUACUUCAAUUUUCUCGACUCUAUCUGUCAAGUAACAUGCUCCCCAAAACAGAGUGAAUUCAUGCAGGCGAAUUCAAAGUAUCCGAAGCCUGGCCCGUCAGUCGAGGGUAUAGUUGGUGUAGAUGUUGUCCUCACACCAAUAUAUGCACAGGGUUUGUUCGAUUCAUGUAAAGAUGUUCAGAUGCCAAGUGCGAACGAUAAGGCAUUAUCUGUAUUUUGCGGUAGACAAGCUAAAGACUGCAGCCCAUUUGUUUGGUUAAACUACAUGGGUAAUACAGGAAAUGGGCGCGCACCUUUCACUAUAAAUUACAUCAAUAGCAGCACACCAUGGCCUUCUCCGGGAGGUCAAACUCUUAAGCCAUUCAACGAACAGACCAAACGAUGUAACGAGACUGUCACUGGUAGCAAUGACAACAUUGGAAAGGCCAAAUGUACAUGUAAGGACUGUGCUUUAGAGAAGUGUGCCCCUCCUCCAAAACCAGAUGCUGAAGGCCGAAAGAAAUUCUUUGAUUCUGUGUUUGGGAAAGAUAUGUACCGUCAAGCAGAAAUAGUUGUAGAGCGAGCAGACAGUCAGGAGCCCAUUAAACAUUAUGAACCACCGCCCUCUAUUCAAGCAAUAAACUUCACGUCAAUGUAUGAUAAAGAGUUCAUGAAACAGGUCCUUAAGCUUCAACAAGAUAUAUCGAGAUUGCAAGCUACAGGACCAACAAAGACUGUAGCUCUUGAUGACGUGUGUAUCAAGGAAAAUGGAACUUGUAUAAUAGAGAGUCCCCUGCAAUACUACCAGAACAGUGAGCCAAACCUUGACAGAAUAAAAUAUGAUGAGUUUCAUAUUUUUGAACUUGACGAUUAUCUUGACCAUUUUCUACAAUGUGCAAGCUAUGAGGGUGAUAGAUCGUCCUCAAACUGGUCCUGUAUAUCAGUGUUUGGAAACAAGACUUUUCCAUAUGUCAUACUUCAAGGUUACAAUGCAACUACACGAAACUUUGAGAAGGCCAACUCUUUUGUGAUUACAUUUAUCCUCAGAGUCACUCCAGGACAGGAUAACAUUGAUGUGCAGGCCUGGGAAAAUGCAUUUGUAAAAUAUAUGAAGACCUAUCAGAAUCCUAACAUGACACUUUCUUAUUCGCCACAAAAUGAGGUUACACAACAAUUUGAUUCGGUUGUACCACCAGAAGAUAUGUCUGAUCCGGGUUACAAUGUGAUUGAUGAUGAACCGGAACAUGAUUCGGGUUACAAUGUGAUUGAUGAUGAACCGGAAGAAGAACUUGGAGAGCUUGAUGGGGAGUGUGUCUGGUAUGGGCAAUGUGGUGAAGGCUGGAACCAAGGAGCACUGAACUGCUUUGCUACCAAUAAAACCAAAAAUUCUCCACUUUUGAAUGACACUGAGGGACUUAGAAUUCUGAAACGCUACUGUCCUGGAUUAUACAAUGGUGACAAAAACACUCGAACCUGUUGCGAUACCGCUCAAUUAAAAACCAUGGAAGAAAAUCUUGCUCUGCCAGAUCAGUUACUACAACGGUGUCCAGCGUGUUACAGUAACUUCCUCAAUGAAAUAUGUCAAAUGACCUGUAGUCCAGUCCAGAGCCGGUUCAUUUAUGCAAAUAUUGACGCUAAGUGCCCUAACGGUUCAGCCGGUCCUUGUGAUGGUAUCCCUUCAAUUAAUUACGUGAUGACAAAUAAAUACGCCAACACAUUAUAUGAUUCCUGUAAAGAUGUUCAGAUGCCCAGUGCAAAUGACAAAGCUAUGUCUGUGUUUUGUGGACGAAAUGCCAGAGACUGCAGUCCUAAGAUUUGGCUUUCGUACAUGGGAAAUACAGGAAACGGGAGAGCUCCAUUUCCAAUCACUUACAAUUACACAGACACCUCAAUGGUGAAUCCAUUCACUAAUGAAACUAUGUAUCCCCUGAACUACACAAAUUUACAAUGCAACUUAACAUAUUCUAAUACAACUGAUAAAUGCUCAUGUCAGGACUGCCAGUCAAGCUGUGCUGCUGUUCCACCACCACCUGCGCAGAAAAAGCCAUUCACGAUUAUUGGUAUCGAUGGAUCUUCCUUCAUCGUGGCAUGUGUAUUUAUAGCUUUUGUGAUUUUCUUUGGGACAUAUGUUAUCUGCUUUAACAUUAUUAAGAAGGACUCACUUAAUAUUGGCAACAGGGACAAUUGCAGUUUUGAGAACAUUUCCACUGCCGGAAGUCAGCAAAAUCUUAUAAACCGCCAAAUAUCCCCAGCGGAAAUAGGCACUCUAGAAAAACUAGGAUUACGUGUUGAAGAGAUUUUGACAGCAGGCUUUACAUCAUGGGGUAGAUUAUGUGCCAGAAAUCCACUGAUUGUUUUACUUGUGACAAUCAUUAUAUUUGGUUCACUUGCGGGAGGAAUCGCCAGGUAUAACGUAACCACUGAUCCUGUCAAAUUGUGGUCUUCGCCAGAAAGCACUGCAAGGACAGAGAAAGCAUACUUUGAUCAACAUUUUGGACCGUUUUACCGAACCGAACAGUUAAUCAUUACACGACCAGACAAGACAAAGAUCGUACAUCCAUAUCCUCCACCUUCCAUCAAUUCGAUUACCUUCAGCUCCAUGUUUGAAAAAGAAUUUAUGCAUCAGGUUCUAGACCUUCAGACACAAGUGGAGGAGCUCACUGCAAAGUUUGAUAACGAGACGGUGACACUGGAAGAUAUCUGUUUUAAACCUCUCAGUCCGGACAACAAUAACUGUACCAUUGAAAGCGUCUUACAGUUCUGGCAGAAUAACCGCACAAAUCUCGACAAAGAGGUCUGGGAUGAGUAUCAUAUAUAUGAUCUGGCUGAUCAUUUUGACCACUUCCUGAAAUGUGCACAGUCUCCAACAUCAGUGUCGGACAAUACUCGACUAAAUAUGCCCUGUCUUGCUGUAUAUGGAGGACCAGCGUUCCCUUGGGUUGUUCUAGGAGGCUAUGAUGAAAAAAAUUACCAGAAUGCAACAGCGUUUGUGAUAACUUUUGUCGUAAAUAAUCAUGUAAACAAGGAGGACAACAGAAAGGCGGAGGCAUGGGAGGCGGAGUUUAUAAAGUUUAUCAAAAGUUACAAAAAUCCAAACAUGACAAUAUCUUUCUCCUCAGAGCGAUCAAUUGAGGAUGAGCUAGACCGUGAAAGCCGAUCAGACGUAUGGACGAUUGUUCUCAGUUACUUGAUCAUGUUUGGGUAUAUAACUAUAGCGCUCGGGCAAUUCCAUGGCUUAGAUACAAUUUUGAUUGAUUCAAAAGUCACAUUAGGACUAAGUGGUGUAACAAUUGUUUUGUUAUCAGUGGCAUCGUCAGUUGGUUUCUAUAGUUACUGUGGCGUCCCAAUGACCUUGAUCAUCAUUGAGGUCGUACCUUUCCUGGUACUGGCAGUUGGUGUAGAUAAUAUAUUUAUUCUCGUGCAAACAUAUCAGAGAGACACACGAAAGACAGGGGAAACAUUAGAGGACCAAGUUGGACGGGUUCUCGGUAUAGUAGGACCCAGCAUGCUUCUUACCAGUUUCUCCGAAUCCAUAGCUUUUUUCCUUGGUGCAUGGACAGAUAUGCCGGCUGUGAGAGAAUUUGCCCUGUAUGCUGCAAUGGCCGUCUUCUUUGACUUUGUUCUACAAAUCACAUGUUUUGUCAGCCUAAUGACAAUAGAUGCUAAAAGACAAGAGGCAAACCAUUUUGAUAUAUGUUGUUGUAUUAAAAUACCAAAGAAGGAAAAACAAGAAAAACAGGAGGGAUAUCUUUAUUGGCUUGUCAAUAAUUACUACUCUCAUGCUAUCCUUACUGAAUGGGUUCGACCUAUUGUUAUUGUUAUAUUUGUUGGAUGGUUUUUAGCAAGUGUAGCGUUUGCCUGUCAUUUGACUAUAGGAUUAGACCAAGCUCUUUCCAUGCCUACAGAUUCAUAUGUAUUGGAUUAUUUUCAUAACCUGUCAGCUUACCUGUCUGUAGGUGCACCAGUGUAUUUUGUAGUUCCUGCAGGGCAUAAUUAUUUGAGUAAAAGUGGUCAAAAUGCACUAUGUGGAGGAAAGGGCUGUCCACAAGAUUCAUUGAUUGGUCAAUUAUUUAGACAGUCUCAGUUAGCUAAUUACUCAACUAUUGCACAACCAGCCUCAUCUUGGAUUGAUGACUAUUUUGAUUGGAUAAACUCAGCAGGGAAUCCUCCAUGUUGUAGAUUAUAUGACAAUGGCACAUUCUGUCCAGCCACUUCUCCUGACAAUUGCACGGCAUGCCCGUUCCAGCCGCAGGUGGGAGGCAGACCGUCGUCACAUGACUUCAUGCAUUAUUUACCAAUGUUCCUCGUAGAUAACCCAGGUCUGAAAUGUGCAAAAGGAGGACAUGCAGCGUAUGGAGCUGGUGUUAAUCUUAUAAAGAAUAAAACAGAAGUGGGAGCCACAUAUUUUAUGACAUAUCAUACACCAAUGAAAACAUCUAGUGACUAUAUCAAGGGUUUGAAAGAGGCUCGUAUUAUUUCUAAGAAUAUUUCAAAGGCGAUAGGUGCAAAAUCAGAAGAGGAAGAAGUCUUUGCUUAUAGUGUAUUUUAUGUAUUCUACGAACAAUAUCUAACCAUCGUGCAUAACACUGUGAAGAACAUUGGGAUAUGUAUGGCCGCCAUCUUUGUUGCGACAUUUAUUCUGCUUGGAUUUGACCUGGUGACGGCAAUCGUUGUGUUUAUAACAAUAAUGAUGAUAAUUGUUGAUAUAAUGGGAAUGAUGUACCUGUGGGACAUAACCUUAAACGCUCUUUCACUCGUAAACUUGGUUAUGGCUAUAGGUAUAUCCGUGGAGUUCUGCUCACAUAUAGCUCGUGCAUUCGCUGUCAGUAUACAACCAGAUAAAGUACAGAGAGCUAAAGAUGCCCUCGCACAUAUGGGUAGCUCGGUAUUGAGUGGUAUAACAUUGACAAAAUUAGGAGGUAUAAUUGUGCUAGGGUUUGCCAAGUCGCAGUUGUUUCAGGUGUUUUAUUUCCGCAUGUAUCUCGGAAUGGUAGUGUUUGGUGCUUCCCAUGGACUUAUUUUCUUGCCAGUAUUACUUAGCUAUAUAGGUCCUAGUAUAAAUAAAGCAAAACUGUAUCAACACCAGCAAAAGGAGUUAAAAGAACAGUCACGAAAGAUCAAUUAUCAUAAUGACAGUGGUGACACAGGUGUCCGCGAACAUUAUCAUCGUACAGAUCAUGAUCAACCACCCGAGUAUUCUCAUUUAUAGAUAAAUAAUAAACACAUAUACAGUGAAAUCUGCUCGUAAAGAUGUACACACGUGUGGAACAUGUUUAUGCAACUAUUUUCUACAAAAUAUUGAGCAUUUUUGUUGGAAAUAAUAAUGAUAACAAGAAGAACAACAUAACCGACAUUGUGUACUGUGUUAAACAAAGUGCUGAGAUUAAUUUGACCGAGGUCGGUCAUGUAUGAGGAGUAAAUACUAUAACCUUAGAAAUAAUUCCUUCGCAAUUUUUUUUUUUCAGUUUAAACAUGUUGGCAUUUUAUUCCCAGGCUCUUUUUCUUGAUAGGCAUUUUUGGGGGUAUUUUGAUUGUAUUAUCUAUUAAAAAUUUUAAGUUAACUAAAUUCUUUAUAUUAUGCUGAAAUUUUUGUGUUUUGCUGACAUUUUUGCAGAAUUAACUCUUUAACUUGCGCAAAGUUAUUUUAAUGAAAAAAAUAAAAAUAGAAACAAAAGUUCUCCAGAGGUAUCAUAGUAAUUUGGUCUUUAGAAAUUUAUGUGUGAAAAGAAAGACGCAUAUACAGGAAAUCUUUGGGCUCCAUCAAAUCUAAUGACAGCUAAAUGCUGUUCUGUAGAGAUUUGUAUGAGAAUGCUUUGAUUCAUUUAAAUGUUUGUAAGUCAUUGAAAGAUUGGUUUUAUUUGUCCACUUUUGCUAUAUACACUAGGGAAAAUGUGUUUAGAAACUACCGGUAUAUUACAAUGAACCGGUGGUAAAUUUAAAUCUGUUUCAUAUAUAUCCAAAUCUAGAAAGAGAUUAUUCUCCAUUUUUUUAUGUUGACCUUAUUGUUAGUGGUUGUAACCUCAGAUAUAAUGUAUUGUAUAACAAGACAAGCAACAACCAACUAGAUUAGCUGUCUUCUGUGUUGUGUCCAUUAGACAAUCCGUCUAUCAUUAAUUGUAGUGUUUGAAUCAUAUAUUAAUGUCAUUUUGUUAAAAAUCACAUUGAUAAAUCUUCAGAACAUUAUAUUCAGACCAUUAGAAUAGGAAUGGACUGCUAAAAACUUACACCAUUUGGUGUAUAUUUCUCUAAUUAGCAUUGUUACUUACAGACAAGAAUGAGAACUUUUUAUGUUGAUCAACAAACCUUCCACAUUGUAAAAUCACAGCAUGUGUGUCUGAUUAGACGAAAAAAACUUAUUGCUGCACUAAUCUCCAGUUAAUUGUCCUGUUAUAUUAUGUGCCAGACGAAACAUAGAAAUGUUCCCUGUGUUGUGUGUAAUUUCAUUGAAAUUGUGAUAUUUUAUAUAUGUUAUUGCCUUUGAUUAGGUGAAAGAAUUUAUAGUGUUCUGUUGUUGUGCUACUGUGUUAAAGUGAAAUGAAAAUUAUUGUUUGUUUCAUAAUUUUGGAUAAUUAUUACACACUCAGUUUGUUUUGUUUUGUUGUCUCUUUUUCGAAGAUCAUGUUUUGUAGAAAUAAUUUGAUGAAAGACUUGUUCUCUGUACUGGAAAGCUAAACAUGUUUAGAAUAAAGAGUAAGAUGAUAAACUAGUCAAACUGUUUGAAGAAUAUUUGAAAAUAAUUAUUCAGUUAUUAUUCCAUCUUAUUAUAAAUAGUCUGCCUGCUUAGUUCAAGAGGGAGAUCAAUUUUGUAAGAGAUCAGGUUUGUAGUCUCGGGGUGGCUGGUUUGAUCCUACAGCGUGGCAAAAUUUCUCUCUGACAAUUGAUCUCAGACUUUAUAAGUCUUAUUAUCAUUUGUCUCCACCCCUGAUUCAGAAAAUCAUGUGGAAUAAAUAGUCAUUUUGGAGAAAUUGGUUAUUACUGGUUAGUUAUUAAAAAAAAAACAGUUUAAUGGAUCAACCAUCCAGAUUUGAUUAAAGAAUGUAAUAAUGCAGCAUAAAAAAGAAAACGAGUUUGUUAUUAUAAAUGAUUUCAGAUGCAAACAAAUCGUAAAUCGGAUUUUUUGUGUGUGUGUAAAAUGUCUUUUUCUUGAAUGAGUGGAAAAGGUAUUUUUGAGAAAGACAGACAGACAUUCACAUUCAUUUUGUACAGUUUUUGUCAUCCAAACAUAAGGUACAAGAUUAUAUUUUGAGAAAUUUAAUUGAAGUCAAGACGCUCAUGUAUUUAUGUUAUAAUUAAUAAAGGGAAAAUUUAUGUGCAAAUUUUUACAGCCCUGCCAUGAUCUUUUGUUUUUGUUGUGUAUGUUUAUAUGUCUGUCUGUGGGCAAAUUUAACCUCGGCAAUAACAUCUCUAUCUUAAAAUACUUAUAUAGCUUUCCAAUUUUGACACAAAAAAACCUACUAACACAUUAUUUAAAUAUGACCUAGAUUUCUCAUUCCUAUAUGACCUUGACCUUCAAGGUUAAAUUUUCUAAAUUUGACCUUGACCUUCAAUGUUAAUUUUUAAAAUUCCUCUCAUCUUUGUUUAUUUGUUCACAGAUUAUAGUCCGGGAGGGUUGGGAAAGUAGGGAGGAGGAUGCUUUUGUGUUUGUGUUUAAAUUAAAGCCACAUUUCGCAAUUACUAUAAAAAAUUGCAUUUUUAUAAUGUAUGAACAUUAUUGCUCAUUGUAUGUUUUUGUUUAUUUUUUGUUUUUUUUGUUGUUUGAAUUCAAUGAACCAUUUUGAAUGAUGAAUUAAUAUUGUAAACUUAUGUAUAUUAUUAAAAUUUAUAUAAAGUACAAAUUGAUGAAAAAAAAAUGCGAAUAAACACUAAAAGAAACCCAUUAGCUAUUUUUAUCAUUUAUUGUUCAAAAAAUGUGUUAUUUUGAUAUUGUUGCACAUCUUAGCUUAACAAUUUGAAGAACAUGGAUAGCAAUUGUACUUACUCAGGAGUCUGUGUCUUGUUUUGGUUAAGUUUUUGCUGCAAGUUGGUAUUACAAAAAUUAUUAACUGGAAUAGGUUUAAACUUCACAGACUUAUUUGAGAGCAUAUUAGGAUGUCACUGUCUAAGGCUAACAAAUUUGUCAACGUGGAUUUUGACAGACUUAUGGCCCUUUUUUGAACUUGGAAAAUUUUAUAUAAUACAGGCUGUUAUUUUAUUAUCAAGCACUGAGAAUAGUGGAGCAAGCUGUCUUACCAACAUCUCUUGUUUCUACGCUUAUUACAUAUACAUAAUUGUGAUGUUUCUUUCUUGUAUAAUGUAAAAAAUACAAGUUUUAUACCUCGCCACAUGUAAAACAUAAUUUUUUUAUGGUCAACAGAUUUUUGUAACUUCCUGUUAAUUAUUGUAAAAAAAAACUUUAAAAGGUCAAAAUUAUUUUUUUGGUUUUAUUGCAAUAUCCAGUUUCUUGUGUAUCUUAAAAGGCACUCCACUGAGGUAUCAAAAACAUUGAAAAUCUUACAAAAAUCAACUGUAAAUAAAUUAUUAUAAAGAAAUAUACUCAAAAUUUCUGUGUUUCUUAGCUGGAUUUCAUGUUAAGGUAUGUCAAGGUUUUUAAUUUUCAGGCCAUUUUGCACAUUUAAAAUUAUUAUUCUUGAAAAAUAGAUUAAUUUAAUGAGUUUAAUUUUUUCCACACAAGUAAUUUGUAUAGAUGUACACCAGAUAGUCUAAAAGUCUUGAAAAGUUAUUCCUAGUCACCUCAUAUGGAAAAAAAACCUCAGUGGAGUCCCUUUAAAGGUUGAUCACUGUCUGGUUGAAGAUAUCUUGUGAAUUUUUUUAAUAAACUCAAAUAAUUUAAAAGAUUUGGAUCAGAAUAUAAGCAUAGAAUGAAGUGUUUUCGGUUUGUUAGUAUUUAAUGUGAGUGUGUCUAGGUUUGAAGAUAUAACGUGAUUGAUUCUACAAUAUUAUGAUUUAGUCUAAAAACGUGAUUGAUUGUUUUAUGAUUUAGUCUAAAAACGUGAUUGAUUGUAGAUUUUUAUUAUUAAGUUAAAAAAAAACACCAAUAGAUUUCUAUUUUUUAUGAUUAUUUCUUUGUAUUUUCAUCAUGUUCAUUAUGACAUUUUACUGAUUUAUUGUAGUAGUGUUAAUACCUAAUAAAGAAUUUUGUUAGAGAAUUUUUUAGUCAUAUUCUUGCAUAAAAAUUGGUAAACAAUAACGUAGAAGGAAACAUGCACUUAAUGGAAAAAACCAUGCAAGCGUGUUGUUACACGUUUUUAUAAUAUGCCUGACUCUGGUUACCAUGUCAUAAAGCUUUCUGCAAUGGCGGGUUCAUUAGUUUAUUAUCAGUCAUAUCGCACUUUCACAUUAACUGUAACGCCGAUUAAACAUUUGUUUUUAUGCAAGAAUAGCCCUAAAGCACCUUUAUAAAAUCUUUGUGAAAAAAAGUGCAUUAGUCUUUUUUAUGACAUUAACUUUGAAACAUAGCUUUACACAUUUAUGAAGACUAAUUGGUCUUUUAUUGAAGGUCUUUAAUACAAUGAAUAAUUACUUUGAUAUCAUUUACUGUUUGAAAUAACAAGUAAGCACUGCAUGUAUUUUUAAUUGAAAAGUUGUUGGCAAAUGUGAGCUAAUGGUCCGAUAUUACAUAUAUUUAUACAGCAGAUAAUAAAAUGUUCAAUAACAACAUAUUAUUUGUCAUCACAUAAAUCAAUUAUAACUUAAACAACAUUUUUUAUCAAGAAACAUUUUAUAACUACAUGUCUAUCCAAAUGAUAGAUUUUCUAUAUUGUUUUAUUGUUUUUAUCAAUAUUUGAAAGUUAUGGAAAAUAUGACCAUUGUAGACCAAUCCACUUUAAUGAAAUUUAGUAUAGAAGAUGAUUGUUAAUCGUGACAUACAGAUAUAACCAGGUACGUAUAUUAACGUUAAUAUACGUACCUGAUAUAACUUAUAAAAAUAAAACUAAUCAUACAUAUAUGCAUUAUUAUAACAUUUUUUUCUAAAUUUUUGUGCUAUUGAUUCUCAUGCCAGAAAAUAAUGAAAUAAAACAUUCCAAACUCUA